AUGGCUGCUCAAGAUGGGGUCACCCCCGUCAAGGUGCUCGAGGCCGAUGAAAAGGCUACUGGCAGCCUUCCUGGGUACGAGAGCGGCAGCGGAAAGGCUGUCCGCGGAGACAUUAGCGAGGAGAGCUGGGCAACCCGCAACGGCUUGAACUUGGAAUCGUUCAAGAAGCGUGAAUAUGGUCGUGGCAUUGUCGAGCUUGACCGUUCCAUGAGCAAGCGACACUUGCACAUGAUCGCCAUCGGUGGUUCCAUUGGUGCAGGUUUCUUCGUCGGUUCUGGUGGUGCUCUGAGCAAGGGUGGUCCCGGUGCUCUUUUCAUCGACUUCUUGCUCGUCGGUAUCAUGAUGUUCAACGUCGUGUAUGCCCUUGGUGAACUCGCUGUCAUGUAUCCCGUCUCUGGUGGUUUCUACACGUACUCGACCCGGUUUAUCGAUCCAUCCUGGGGUUUCGCUAUGGGCUGGAACUAUGUGUUCCAGUGGGCCAUCGUCCUUCCUCUCGAAUUAACAGUAUGCGGUCUUGUCGUUGGAUAUUGGAAUGACACUAUCAGUGUCGCCGUCUGGAUUGUCAUAUUCCUUGUCGCCAUCAUCAUCAUCAACAUCUUUGGAUCCAUUGGAUACGCCGAAGAGGAGUUUUGGUCCUCGUGCUUGAAGCUCGGUGCGACUAUCGUUUUCAUGAUCAUUUGCUUCGUCCUCGUCCUUGGCGGAGGUCCUUCCAGCGGCCGCUACAGCGAGUACCAGGGCGCCAAGCUGUGGUACGACCCGGGUGCUUUUCGCAACGGCUUCAAGGGUUUCUGUUCCGUCUUCGUCACCGCUGCCUUCUCCUUCUCCGGAACUGAGUUGGUCGGUCUCGCUGCCGCUGAGGCGAAGAACCCUGUCAAGUCGCUGCCCGGUGCUAUUAAGCAGGUGUUCUGGCGUAUUACCCUCUUCUACAUUUUGGGUCUGUUCUUCGUCGGUCUGCUGAUUCCUUCUGACGACCCCUCGUUGCUGUCUGAGUCUUCCUACUCCGAUGUCAAGGCCUCGCCCUUCGUACUGGUCGGCAAGUAUGCUGGUCUCAAGGGCUUCGACCACUUCAUGAAUGUUGUUAUUCUCGUAUCCGUUCUGUCAAUCGGUGUCUCGGGCGUGUACGGAGGAUCGCGUACCCUCACUGCCCUGGCUCAGCAGGGUUACGCGCCCAAGAUCUUUACCUACAUUGAUCGCUCUGGCCGCCCCCUACCGUCGGUCUUGGCUAUUGUCAUUUUCGGCCCCUUGGCUUUCAUCAACCUCAGUGCUUCCGGUCCCGUCGUGUUCGACUGGUUGCUGGCGCUUUCGGGUCUUGCGGCUGUUUUCACUUGGGGCUCCAUUUGCCUGGCACACAUUCGCUUCCGCAAGGCUUGGGCUUAUCACGGACACACUGUCGAUGAGAUCCCCUUCAAGGCCAUUGGUGGUGUUGUCGGUUCCUGGAUCGGUCUCAUCCUCUGCUUCAUUGUGCUUGCUGCACAGUUUUACACUGCCAUCGCCCCUCCUGGCACUGACAAGUUAAACGACGCUGAAGGCUUCUUCAAGUCGUACCUUGCCCUCCCUGUUGUGAUCAUUUUCUGGAUCGGUGGUUUCUUCUGGAAGCGCACUGGCUGGCUCCGAACCUCCCAAAUGGAUGUCGACACUGGUCGACGUGAGCUUGACUGGGACGAGAUCCAUGCCUACCGUGCGCGUCUCGCCGCCAUGCCCGCCUGGAGGCGCGUACUUAACCAUGUGUGGUAG